UUUUGACCUUCCAGCAGAUCCAUCGAACAUGGAGUCCCUCUUUGGCAUUGUCGGCAAGGAUUUCGUCAUCCUCGGCGCCGAUAGCAAAGUAGCUCGCUCGAUCCUAGUAUACAAAGAUGAUGAAGACAAGAUGCAAGCUUUGGAUUCGCACAAACUCAUUGCGGGUGCUGGACCCCAAGCCGACCGCGUGGAGUUCUGCGAGUACAUCCAGAAGAACUUGAAGCUAUAUCAACUGACCAACGGCGUCACGUUGAACGGACACGCAGCGGCUAACUACGUCCGCGGCGAACUGGCGCAGCGACUGCGCAAAGCUCCUGUCCAGUUGAAUCUGCUCCUGGGCGCGUUCGAUGUCGCCAACCCCAACGACCCCGCCACUGCGGCGACGGGUGGUGUGCCCAGCUUGUACUGGGCAGAUUACUUUGGUGCCCUGAACAAGGUCAACUACGGCGCGCAAGGGUACGGCGCACACUUUUGCCUGUCGAUUCUCGACCGCGAGUGGCGCGAGAACCUGACGUUGGCAGAAGCCAAGGUGAUCCUCACGCACUGCAACAACGAAUUGAGCGAACGAUUCCUCGUGCGCAGUGGCAAGUGGAUCUACAAGGUGAUCGACAAGGACGGCAUUCAUGAAGUUCAAUUAUAAGCAAGGGAUGAUGGCGAUGUCUAUCGACAGGCGUUCGUUCUUCUACUUGCGGCGGUUGUACCGGGCCUUGGACUUGAACGAGUGGACACUGCGCUUGCCUUGUUUGCGUAGCGACGUAAUCUUCUCUUUGAAUACAAACUCGCCAUUCGCUUCA